AUGAAACUGUCAGUCUACCUCUUAAUUUGUGGUGGUAUAAUGAUAUUCAGCCCUCAAAUUAAUGGAGAUGUUGUCGUCGAUCUUUUUGGGAAAAUUCAAGAAUCUGCUCAAAAGCUGGGAGAUGAUAUAAAAGUUGUAUUCCAGUCAAACAACAAAAGGAACCAACAGUAUAAAUAUGAAGCUGUAAAAGAAUCUAAGCCAGCCGGAGAAGUGCAACUGCUGGGCCUGCAUCGACGCGGUGGUGGGCCAGGGCCCCGUCUCAUAAAUGGAGGCCCUUGUGGUGAACGUCUCUCUGAAAAGAAAAGA